CACAUUUCAGCAUCUGGUUUUCAUAGCCAAUACAGGAUGUUGUCGGAGUACAAUAAAACAAAAGUACUUUAGAAUGAAACAGAAUUGGUCUGGACACUUUUUGUUGAGCAAAGAGGCAGUUCGGUCCACAAGAGAAUGCUGGAGAAAACUGCCGUCUCAUUGGAAGGAGCACAUCUUCACACUUUCACAUGUGGGACCGCUGCGUACACCAAAAUGAUCUGGACCACUUUAUUUCUGCAUCUUCUUGCAUCAUCAGCUGUGGUGAGUGUUGUAAAUAAUCACAAUGAUCCUGCUAUAUUGACUGGGGAAUCUGAGGAUGCCUCUCUACAAGGCCAAAAAGAGCAUUAUCACAGAGACACAGACAAAGACAAAUGCACUAUGCCAUGUGAAAUGACUGCAAAGCUAAUGCGUGAUGAGAAACAUUCCUUGUGUAAUAACCUCCAGCAUACCAUAGUGUCAUAUACAAGAAACACUAGGAAGUUGAUCAGAGAUCUCAUUGAUGAACAGCAGAAAUCCUCAGAAUUUCUAUCAAGUCAGAUAACUGAGCUUAUGGCCAAAGUAAACACACUCAGUUCAGAUGUGCAGAGAAGCAACAGUGACAUCUUUUCGGUAAAGCCCAUGGAGUCCCACGGGAAAGACUGUAGUGACAUCCAAGAGACGCUAGGUGCCGUUUCUCCAAAAAUCCCUAGUGGGAUUUAUAUAAUUCAGCCAGAAAACACAGAUGUUUCCUUUGAGGUGUUCUGUGAGAUGGAUUACAUGGAGGGUGGAUGGACAGUAAUACAGAGACGGAUGGAUGGACUCACUGACUUCAAACAAAUGUGGUCACAGUACUUGGAUGGAUUUGGACACUUACCAGGUGAACACUGGUUGGGUUUGAGAAAAAUCUUCAAUAUUGUCAAUCAAAGAAACACACGCUUCCAGCUGCACGUGUCUCUGGUCUCGCAAGAUGACACCCCCGCCUAUGCUUCAUAUGACAAUUUCUGGCUUGAAGACGAAACUAAAUUCUUUGCAAUACACCUUGGCAGAUAUGCUGGUAGUGCAGGUGAUGCUUUUCGAGGGUAUGACCAAGAGCAGAAUCAAGACACAGCCCCUUUCAGUACCUCUGACGUUGACAACGACGGUUGUUCUCCAUUCUGCACUUUUGCUAAUAAAGCUGUUGAGAGCUGCAGUGUGAACCAGAAUAACACAGGAUGGUGGUUUAAUCAGUGUGGCAAGGCAAAUCUGAAUGGCUCACCACUGGAUCAAGAUCUCUCCACCCAGUCACAUAUGCACUGGGACACCUGGACCAAAAAUGGCACACUUGUCAAAAUCAAAUCGGUGACUAUGAAGAUCAGAAGAGUUGAGAUUCCGAAUUUAAAAUAAAUCGCUGAAGCUUUGGAAGCUUUUGCAUUAAAGUGGAACAACUUAUCAUCUGGAGUCACUAAAAACUUGCACUUUUGUCUGUGAGCUUUUCUAAAAAAGCAAAGAAUUAACCUUUUGGCAUUGUGAUUAAGUCCACCAUGUUUUUUAAUCCUGGGUCAAGGCCCAAAAUAUUCAUCAUCUUUUUUUGUUAUGAAUAAAGGGAACUGUGUCAUUACUAAAA